UCAAAUAUGAUUCAUCUUUUGUGUAGGCACGCAUUAAAAGCUUCCGUUCUUUUUUGAGGCAUACAAAGGCGUACUACUUCCGGUGAUACGGCGUUCGACGUUGGAGGGCGACAUAGUCAUUAUUUAAUUCAUUGAACGGAAGGAUUAGAGUAAAGAUGCAUCGCAUGUAUGACACACUUACGUUCUUUUUCAUUCGAUAACCCAUUAAUACAGAGCAAUACGCAUAUGCAAGCUUAUGCAGAUGCAUUGAGGAAGAAUAAGAAGAAACAUUGAAAUCUGAGCUGGAUUCCCGAUUCGAGUCAAUCAUAAACACACCGAAGCCUUUCUCAUAACCACCAUCACUACCAUUGCAACCUAUCUCGCAACAUGUCUUCUGAAAACCCAACAAUCAUUGGCACAAACGGUGGUGUGGCAACUGCUCCACACACCAACGGCAUUGCAACCGAUAAGCCCGUUCGUCAUAUUCCCUCUUCGAAUCCAACAAUCAAAGGUGAACCAUCCAAUUUAGGAACUUUUGGUGUCAAGAGUGGAUUAGCACAAAUGCUCAAGGGUGGUGUGAUUAUGGACGUCGUUAACGCAGAACAAGCAAGAAUCGCAGAAGAGGCAGGUGCAUGUGCUGUUAUGGCCCUAGAACGUGUUCCUGCUGAUAUUCGUGUUCAAGGUGGUGUUGCACGAAUGAGUGAUCCAGAAAUGAUUCGUGGUAUUAUCGAUGCUGUCUCAAUUCCUGUUAUGGCUAAAUGCCGUAUCGGUCACUUUGUUGAAGCUCAAAUCUUACAAGCUUUGAACGUUGAUUACAUCGAUGAAAGUGAAGUUUUGACACCUGCAGACGAUUACCAUCACAUCAACAAGCACAACUUCAAAGUUCCAUUCGUUUGCGGUUGCCGUAACUUGGGUGAAGCAUUACGUCGUAUUUCUGAGGGAGCAGCAAUGAUCCGUACAAAGGGAGAAGCAGGAACGGGUAACGUGGUCGAAGCAGUUCAUCAUCAAAGAACCGUUCAAGCGGAAAUCAAACGUGCAGCAAGCAUGUCAGAUGAAGAAUUAUAUGCAUACGCAAAAGAAAUUCAAGCGCCAUUCCAUCUUCUCAAAGAAGCCGCUCGUCUUAAACGUUUGCCAGUCGUAAACUUUGCCGCAGGUGGUGUGGCCACUCCUGCUGAUGCCGCAUUGAUGAUGCAAUUGGGAUCAGAUGGUGUUUUCGUUGGAAGUGGUAUUUUCAAAGGUGCAAAUCAAGCCGAACGUGCAAAAGCAAUCGUUCAAGCUGUUGCCCAUUAUGAUGAUGCUGAAAAAUUGGCAGAAAUUUCUUCUGGUUUGGGUGAAGCAAUGGUCGGUUUGACAAUCACUGAUGACAUGAAAGGUGGUCGUUUGGCAGGUCGUGGUUGGUAAUCAUUUUUGCCAUGUACACAGAUAGACUUCUUCUCUCCACUUCGAUGCCCUCUCAACAGGCUUCUCAUAUGAUUAUCAUUAAUCGAUCAUGCACCAUAUUUUGUAUUUAAUUCAUUGAAAAAUAAAAAUUGUCCAAUACAAAUGACAGACGACACUUAAGUGAAUUAUUGUACAGUAAAGUACAUAUGGAUUUCAACCUUGAUCUUCUCC